GAAAACCCUGAUAGGAAAAGAGAAGGGAAACGAAACAGAGAAUAGGAGAGAGAAAGUUGAAAGGGUUCUGCGCGUCUCAGCUCACAAGUUCUAACACGCGGCACUGAGCACGGGAGUCUGGAGCGUGACCAAGCGCCACCGGCGUCGAUAUCAACAGGCAGCUUGCACUCUCUGAAGGAAAUUGGGUUUCUUUGCUACCUUGUUGGUGUUGCUGGUGAUUGCUUUCUUUUAAUUCAACAUGUCGUCGCUAAGGAAUGCUGUCAGUAGACGAGCUCACAAGGAGCGAGCUCAACCGAAUUCAAGGAAAAAAUUUGGGCUUCUUGAAAAACACAAGGACUAUGUAGAGCGUGCACAAGUCUUCCACAAAAAGGAGCAGACUUUGCAGAAACUUAGGGAGAAAGCAGCUUUCAGAAACCCAGAUGAAUUCUACUUCCGGAUGAUCAAAACAAGAAAUGUUGAUGGAGUCCAUAAAUUAGAGAGUGUGGCAAACAAAUACACUCCGGAAGAGCUUAUGCUGAUGAAGACCCAAGAUAUGGGAUACAUUCUUCAGAAAUUGCAGAGUGAGAAAAAGAAAAUUGAAAAGCUGACUGCUGUGCUGCACUCUCUUGAUAAUCAGCCGUCAAAUAGACAUGUUUACUAUGCUGAGGACAGGGAGGAGGCUAAAGAAAUACAGUUCCUCUCUUUGAAAAGCGGAAUGGUGCCUGCUUCUGAUGAUGUUUCCAAUGAUAUUAAAAGGAAAACAGCUGCUUCCUAUAGAGAACUCGAAGCAAGGAGGAAUAGAGCCAGUCAGUUGGAGAAACUCUAUAUGGAAAUGGCGUUGCAGAAGGAAUUGCAGAAAAAGGGUCGGAAGCGAAAAUUACGUGAAGAUGAGAUUGUUUGUCCCACCUCUAAAGCAGUAUACAAGUGGCGGGCAGAGCGAAAGCGUUGAAAAGGUCUUUUUUAUGGAAUACAGCUGUAGUUGGGCCACUGAGACUUGAAUUUCUUACAGCAGAAGUAAACGGAAAUCUUAAGUUGCAUUGUUAUCAUGAGAACAUGUAGUGAUUUUUGACCAUAUCUUUGAUUUGUCUUCUCAUGGCUGAUGAAAUCUUUAUUUAAUUACUGGAUUCCUCAUUUAGUGACAUGCA